AUGGAACAUUACUUAGCUGUAAAAAAAAGGAACGAGGCUUCUCUGUCCAUGGGGACUCUCCAGGCAAGAAUACUGGAGUGGUUUGCCAUACCAUCCUCCAGGGGAUCUUUCCAACCCAGGCAUCAACCUAGGUCUCCCGCAUUGCAGGUGGAUUCUUUACUGUCUGAACCACCAGGGAAGCCCUGGGAGAUAGCAUGUGAAGAAGAACUGGAUGAAAACCCUUUUUUGUGGAUUGGUUCCAUUAAUACUUUGUCCCUGAAGUCAAGAAAUACUUUGCCAGUAAGGGACUGCCUUCUAGGGUUCUUCUGA